CAAAUCCGCGGCAGCCAAUGGGGCCUGAAAGUGAAGCUCUUGCAGGACAGCGAUUUUUAACUACUUUGCCCACGUCUCACUAAAGCAGUCGCUUUAUUCAGUCCCUGGCGAUAUCGAAAGUAGUUAUUGUCGUGAAAGCCGGUGUGUGUACUUUGAGGAAGUGGCUGCUCGGUGUGGCUUCUUUAAGGCCGCCUCGCGCAGUGGGACUGGUUUCAGAUGACGCCAUCGCUUUAUUUUUAUCACCAUGACCUCAUCUCUGAGACGGAGUUCAGUGACCAGUGAAACUUUAUUCAACUUCUUUUUAACCGGGUUUUUUUUUUCAUUCGGUCGUAUCUGAUACUUUUUUCGGUGUCGGAGAAGAUAAGUGAGACAGGAGUUUAGGAGGGAGAGGACGUGCUCUCUGAAAUGUGCUCUUUCACUGCUUCUCUUUAACGCCUAAUAACCACUUGGGCAUGAAGACGAGAAGCGAGGAGGAGAUGAUGUAAUGGCACUGUGACCCAGGAGAAAAGCCCUCUUUUGUGUCGUCCGUGCAAUGGUGUGAAAAAAAAGCACACCCUCCUCUUUCCCUUCCCCGGCAAACCCCCAAAAACACAGCCGAGUCUGCUGGAAGCGGGCCGAAGUGAUCUUACUGCUUGGCAAACACGUACCCCAUUACCACAUCCAUACUCUCUCAGACAUGCACGCAUACGCAUAGUGCACAGAGAGGACAGUUUUGUUUUUUUUUAUUCCCCUGUUAGUACAUUAAGGAAAACCUUCUCCCCUUUCCUCACUCACUCCCUCCCUUUUUUUUUCACUCCUCUUUUUCUUUCUAUUCCUUGCUUUCGCUUUUCUUUUUUUUUUUUUUUUACUCGCACUCUUUUUUCCCUUCAAACUCACCAGCCAAACACUAAAAGGGUGACAUCAUCGGCUGCCACCACAAUGGGGUCGUUCUUCUGCUGAAGGCCCUCGUGGGCCACGUCAUCGCACCACAGGAAGAGAGGAGGUAACAGUCAGACAGAUGGAUCGAGAGGUCAUGGAUAUGGUAGAGCAUGCUGGGACAGGAGCUCCGGCCUCGGUGAGACUCAUCGGCCCAGAAGGCCUCGUGGCCCUGCUGGAGGGUGGACUGGACCGAGUGCUUCUGAUCGACAGCAGGCCCUUCGUGGAUUAUAACACCUCCCACAUCCUAGAGGCGGUCAACGUGAACUGCUCCAAGCUGAUGAAGAGGAGGCUGCAGCAGGACAAGGUGCAGAUCGCAGAGCUUCUGCAGCAUUCGGCAAAGAAGAAGUUGGAGCUGCAGAAUCAAGAAGUGGUGGUCUACGACCAGAGCUCGUCUGACCCCUCCUCCCUGUCAUCAGAGGCCUUCCUCAGCGUCCUUUUGGCCAAACUGGAGAGAAGUUUUCCGUCUGUCCACCUGCUCUCAGGUGGAUUUGUGGAGUUCUCAAACCUCUUCCCGGGUCUGUGUGAGGGAAAGUGUAUGGUGGUGCCCUCCUGUAUCUCACAGCCGUGUCUUCCGCUCAACAGCAGCGGCCCUACACGCAUCCUGCCUCAUCUCUACCUGGGCUGUCAGAGAGACGUCCUCAACAGGGAUCUGAUGCAGCAGAACGACAUAGCGUAUGUCCUCAAUGCCAGUAACACCUGUCCCAAACCCGACUUCAUUCCCGAGUCGCACUUCCUGCGUGUUCCUGUAAACGACAGCUUUUGCGAGAAGAUCCUGCCGUGGCUGGACAAAUCUGUGGAGUUCAUAGAAAAAGCGAAAGCUUGUAAUUCCAGAGUUUUAGUCCACUGCCUGGCUGGAAUUUCCCGAUCGGCCACCAUCGCCAUUGCCUACAUCAUGAAGAGGAUGGACAUGUCCUUAGAUGAGGCAUACAGGUUUGUGAAGGAGAAGAGGCCGACCAUCUCGCCCAACUUUAACUUCCUGGGCCAACUGCUGGAUUUUGAGAAGAAAAUCAAGAACCCCAGUGAAGUGGCAGCUAAGGGUAAGCCGGUGCAGGCAGAACCGGCCGACAAGCCAAGCCCGGGGCAAGAGAACGAGUGUUGCGCCCCGUGCUCGUCCGGCGGGGGAGGGGCGGAGAGAUCUGCCCUGACGCCACUAGAGCCUCUGACACUGCCCUGUGUACUGGCCGGGGUACCUGAGGAGCAGCUUCUGGCUCAGGCACUAUGCAGUCUGCAGCUGAGUGAAGAAAUGGAGGAGAGCAUGCGCUUGAAACGCUCCUUCUCCCUGGACAUCAAGUCGUACGGUGAGCCGAGCGUCGGAGCUCCUUUACGCACCUUUGGCAGCGGAGAUAAUCCAGACUACUACAAACCGUCCUCGUUUAAAGAUCCGUCUGUUAAGCCUUGUCAGUUCUCCCCUGUGGAGGAGGUUUCAGAGCAGUCCACUCCCGAACAAAGUCCGGACAAGGAGCAAGCCGAAGGUCCCUCAUCUAGCAGUAACAAGUCCAUAAACUCCGCCAAAUCCAGUCACUCCAGCAAUCCCAGUCAAUCCACUAAGCCCCAAUCUACAGCCUUGAAACCCCCUCCACCUCCUGCCUGCCCCCAGCCGCUGCAGAGGAGCGGUAGCAUGGAGGAAACCGCGAGUGCUGCCAGCUUUCUUCUCGGCCUGUCACGCUCGCAGCAGCAGUUGGCCAAAACUGGGUUAGGUGCACUAAAAGGGUGGCACUCCGACAUCCUUCUGGCGCCCGUCACCGGAGGCUGGUACCUCUCGUCCGAGUCGGCCCGCUUCUACUCCACCUCGGCUAUUUUCAGCAGCGGGGGCAGUGGAGGAGCCGGAGGGGCACAGAGCAGUUUCACGGCGACGUACAGCUGCAGUCAGGGUUUGGAGGCAGUGAGGAGGCGCAGCAGACAGAGGAGUAGCGAGCGCGGAGACUCGCGCCGUAGCUGGCACGAAGAGAGCAGCUUCGAGAAGCAACUAAAGCGGCGUAGCUGCCAGAUGGAAUUCGGCGACGGCAUGACCGAGAGCCGCUCCAGAGAUGACCUGGGGAAAGUAGGCAGCCAGUCCAGCUUCUCUGGGAGCAUGGAGGUCAUCGAGGUGUCCUGAAAGAAAAAAGAAAAAAAUGAAUGUUGCUCUUAAACUGAAUCAUGACUUUUUGUAAGAUUUUGUGGGUUAUUUCCCAGCGCAAAAUCUUUAUCAAGUGCUUUCACAGACUAUAAAGUAGUGGUGCUUCAUAGGCUUUUUCCCCACUGACCAAGAAUAUUUUUGUAUUCAUCUAGCUGAAUUUUGCAGGUAAUAACGUUCACUGAAUGCAGCUCCCUUUCACUGAUUGUCCGAGAGUGGACACAAACACUUUCAGUUGAUUAUUAUAUAUAUAUAUAUAUAUAUAUAUAUAUUUUUUGUUUAUAUUUUAGUUUUGUUUUAGCUGAGCCUGUUUUUCUCGUCAGUGGAUCAGUAUUGAUUAUUUACCAUUUUCCAUCAAUGUUGUGAUUGAUCUGAUUUGUUUUUCUGACUCCAAUACUGAAUCUUGAGCCCAAAACUGAAGCACGAAUGAAGCUGAAAUGGAUUGAAGAUUUUUUUUCUGCAUGCUCUGACUAAGGGUGUCUACGUAGCAACUAUACAGUACCUCACAAAUCCAAAUUAAGGGCUUCUCUCUCUCUCUCUCUCCCUCUCUCUCUCUCUCUUGCUUUUAUUUGCUUUUUUCUGCCUUUCCUCAUAUGUGUAGCUUUUAAUGGUUAAAAUCUCAGGUCUUAUUUUGAGCAGCAGGAAAAGACUUUUUUAAAACACAAGUCCCUUUUGCUUUGAAUUACGGCGUUAAGAUAUCAACGCCUGUAACGAGAUUGUUUUUCUCUCAUGUCAGAUGAUCCACAAUCAUCUCUUCACAUCAAAAACACAAAGAUUAAAAGUGUAUGUUAGCGAAUGACGUGUGGGACUGAAGUUCAGACUAAGUUCAGGUAUUAGAGGCAGAGGUGGAGCUGGAAAAGGCCAGCUGUCAUGGCUUGCUGUGUAAAAUGGUGGGUUGUUUAAGCAAGUGCUGGGGAUGAGGAAGUCUUGUUCAAAAGGCGCAACUUGAUCUUGCUUGAGAUCAGAGUGGAUUUAUUGUCCUGUCUAACAAACAUCUUUUCGAGGAUGGAAAAUAAACACCUUUUCAAGUCAAAGCUAAUCUGCUGUGUAAAAUCGUCACACCACAUUGGUUGCAUAAUUGGAAAUUAUGAAACAAACAUCAUUUGGCAUCAUGUCAUGGCAUCGUUCUCAGUCUGCCUAACUGCAGAAGGUGCGAGGACGGCGAGCCAACGCUACAGAUUUGUUCUGUCCAUUCAGUCAGUAACACAAAGCCGGCUUUAUCACAUAGACAUAGACUUCAACACACAUUUUUUAAAUCACCACAGGUUGUAAAUGCAGCACAAGACGUUCCCAUGACUAAUAAACACUGUGGACGAAAAUGUGCUUUGAUCAGGAAAACGUUCCAUUAGAAAUGAUCCAUCAGAUUAUAUUAACAUCCCCUCAAGUGUGAAAGAAUAUCUCUGAUCAUAUACCGCACGUGCUCCGGCCUCAGUCCUACUUUUGAUUAAACACCAUAUCAAGUGUUUGUGGGUCAUGCAGCUGUUUGAAACAUCUGCUUAUUACAUGCACCUUAAACUCCAGUACCUUUUAGUGGGGUCGGGUCACAUGUCUAGUUUUCAAAAAGCAUCAAAUCAAAAUGUUCCUGGUUAAAUGGACGGGUGAACGUCCCACUGAACUCAUUUUAUUCUGCCAGUUAAGAUCAGAUGCUUUCACGGAGGAUACAGAAAAGUACCCUGACCAUCACACCCAUAUGUGGUUCUUCUCCAAACUGUUGCCACAAAGUACACAGUUGUCUAGAAAGUCAUUGUUUGUUUGCAGUAACAUUACACUUUCCCUUUAUUGGAACUAAACCCUGUUCCAGCAUGGACGAAGCCCGAGCUCCAUGAAGACAUGGUGUGUUAAGGAGUGGAAGAACUGGAGUGUCCUGCACAGAGCCCUGACUCUGACUCAAGCCCACUGAACACCUUUGGGAUGAACUGGAACACCGACUGAACCCCAGACCUCUGAUCUCACUAAUGCUCUUGUAGCUGAAUGAUCACUAAUCCCCACAGCCACACUGCAAUAUUAUCUAGCGGAAAACCUUCACCGAAGAGAAGAAUGAAGCAUGAAGUGUAACAAUCACCUGUGACUGUGAUGGUCAGGUGUCCUUAUACUUUUAGCUGUAUGGAGCUGGAUAUUUGACUACAGGAUCAUCUUCACUAUCAUAAUCAGUGGACUCGAGCUGAAUAGAAUCUCAUCCUUUAUCACACAGAAAUUCCCAGCUACAUUUAAUACUGGAUCAUGUAAGGAAGUCCUGUCAGGCUUGGAAGUGGGUUCUAGCUUGUCCUCUUUGUCAUGCUUUUAUAAUGAGCCAGGAUGAUCUUCAUGGCUCUUCAGGUAUUUAAACCUUCAACAAAUCCCGCAUCUCAUCCUCCUCUCACAAACUCCUUUCUACCCAGGAAUGUUUCCAGGACAGGACCUUUGUGCACAUUCGGUAAUGAGCAGCUCGGAAUUGUUGGAUUGUUGUGUUCAUUUCUCCUGGUGGUGUUUCUGUUUUUGUUCUUUUUCUUUUUCAGGACACACAAAACAGUGGCUUAUUCAAAUCUGAAAGCUUCCCUAAAGCUGUGAAGAUGAUACUUCUGUAAAUAAGUGCAUUCAGAGACUAUAAGCAGUGAGAAACGAUCCUCCAGGAUCAGCAGGUUUACUGCAGAGUGGCUUUUCGGAUUUGAACUAUUAAAGCCACGUAAACCAGGAGAAGUGUUUGAGCUUCUACUGCUUCUUUAAAAAAAAAAGCAUACAGGAUGUACAGCGAGUCUUGAAGCCGGGCCAUGUGACACUCUUCCUGGAGGUAAAUCUUUGUGGCCAAAUUACAGUAUAUAAAUAUUCUUUCCUAACUGAGUGAUUGUGUUACGACGGUGCGUACGUAGCGGAGAAGCGUGUGAAUGGCCUGUGGAGACGGAUGCAGCCGUGAGAGUAUGAUGUGCCUUUUCCUUCCAGCGUAUGCAGUUUUUCAUUGAUGUUGAUGUUGGUGAUUAUUUAGAAUGUAUGUUUGACAGUUGAAAUAAACCUAAACUGGUACUCAA